AUGGCUCUAUCGACGGCUCUCGGCUGCCUGCUUCUGCUCCCGCCGCUGCGACUGCCGCACGUCGCGCCUCCUCGCCGCUGCCCACCGGCCGUGGCGCUGGAUGACGCAGACAACCUCGAGCUUGAGAUGCUCCUCGACGCCAUCGAGAGCCUCCGCAACAAGGUCUCUUCAGACGCCGCCGCCGCCGCCAUGCAGGCGGUCCGCGACCAGCGCUCGAUCGACAGCUUCAUAUCGGACCUGCAGGCCGAGGUGGCAGAGGCUGGAGAGGCUAUCGAGCGGGAUUAUCAGCUCCUCGCACUCAACAUCGAGGAGCAGUCGGCGGCGUUCGGGCGCGAGAAACGGAACGCCAUGGCCGACCGCGCCGCGACGCUCCUCUCCGAGCUCGAGGCGGCGGCUCCCGCAUCGUUUCGCAACCGCAAUGCGCUGGUCGCCGCUUGGAAGCACAUUCCGCCUCCCUCGGGAGCCUUCUAG